AUGCCCUUUAAUUUGCCUUCGAACUUUUCUGCCAAUCCCGAGAGCUUCUUACGCCGACAACGACCAUCAGAACCUGCCGAAUCCCCUCCUGCCCCUGCACCGCCUCGUUACAACUGGAAACCCCAAGCAGACCACGAUUACACGCCUGACAAAACCAUUCGGACCAUACUGCCCUCGUCAUCGCAUUCAUUAGCGGAACCAACAAACACUCCCGACGUUCAGAUUGUCCGAGAAUCUCUCACGACCCUUACACCAAUAGUCCCGGGUAGCUUUAUCUAUACGCCGAUGCCAGCGUCCCGCGGAGGAUCCUCAGAUGCCGAUACCGUCAAAGGUAAGGAUCCUGAGGAGCGCCGUUCUAAAGACGAAAUCAUCGAGGCCCUCCACGAGCGAAUGAGACAGCUCGAGGAAGAAAAUGCAGCGUUUCAAUCUCAAGCUGCGGCAGCAACGGCAGACCGGCAACGUCUCGACGCACUCGAAGCAACCAUCUCGCAGUUGGUGAAAUCCCAAUCUCCAGGAACCGGAAACAGUGGAGGUUCACAAAACCCGUUCGGCUUAUUGGCAUCUCAUCAGGAUAACCUUAACACCCCCACCCCGUUAGGCCCAAGGGCAAGUCAGUUUAACGACGCUGCGGAGGAUCACAGACCAAUCACGGGACCAGUUUCCGCAUCUAGACCUCGACCUGCUCCACUGGAACGAGGCGACGAAGCACAUCCCGCCAUCCGAUGA